CCCGCUUCUUCAAAAAAAUCCACACCCAAUAUGGUCCAAAGUAGAAGGAUAAAGUAAAGGGGUACGUGGGUUUUGUUUGAUAUAGAAGGAGAGAUAGGGAAAGGGUGUGAGUCAAUAGUGGAGACUGGAGGGUGAGAUAUGCAGAGGUGAUGGACACCCCUCAGAAGACCCAGAUCAGUAGUACUUCACUCUCUAAAUUUGAGGAUUCCCCCAUCUUUAACUAUAUCAACAGCCUUUCUCCAAUCAAGCCAGUCAAGUCCAUACACAUUACUCAAACAUUCAAUCCACUAAGUUUUGCGUCUCUUCCACCUAUUUUCACUUCACCCCAUGUGAGCGCUCACAAGGAAUCUAGAUUCCCUAAAAGGAAUAAUCGUACAGAUCCAUCAAAAACUGAUUCUGAAGAGGGCAACAAGGCAAGUACUGAGGAAGAGGUUGAUAUUGAUGCUGCUCAGCUCUGUGAUAACUCAGCUGGGCUACAGGAAAGUUUUGAUCCUGGAGUUUCUAUUGGAGAAGCUUCUCUCGAGCUUACCAAUGAAUCUUCUAAGUUUGUAAUUGAGCUCCCAAGAACCUUAAAAUAUGAUUGUGGUAGUCCCAACUGUGACCCAGUGCCUUAUGCUACUGAGGCAAAGUGUGGCUCAGAGUUGGGUUGCACUUCAGUCUCAGUUGUUCCACUUGCACAUGAUACUUCUGAAAAAGAUGUAUCUGAAAAUGGAGUUGAUUUAGCUAGCAUAUGCCAGACUGAGGAAAAAAGGGAAACUACUGGAUGUGACUGGGGGAGUUUGAUAUCUGAUGCUGCUGAUCUACUAAUUUUCAGUUCCCCCAAUGAUUCGGAGGCUUUUAGGGGUCUUUUUCACAAAUCUUUGGAGUCAAGUUCUAGAUUUUGUACAUCUCUUGUUUCUCACUUCCCGCAAACAAUUGAACAGAAGGAACAUCCUUCCCUGCAAACUGAAGAGGCUGGUGAGCUAAUGACAGGAAGCCAGACACAGGGCAAUGUUGAACAUCAGUGCACAGCAAGCAGCCCCACUGAUAAAGUAGAUAACGAGUCUGUUUCUAACUUGUAUCGUGGAAUAAGAAGGCGCUGUCUGGACUUUGAGACACUGGGAGCGCGGAGGAAAAACUUAGAUGAUGAUGGUUCAAAUAGUAAUUCUUCUGUAGACAAACAGUUGGUUCCUAUGAAGCCUAGAAAUGAGUCUUCUCGAUGCAUUUUACCAGGCAUUGGUUUGCACUUAAAUGCUCUUGCAGUUGCGGCCAGGGAUAACAAAAAAAUAAAGCAUGAAACUUUAUCUUCUGGGAGGCAAAAAAUAAGUAUUCCAAGCUCCACUGCUUCCAUUCUUCCUCUUACAACUGGCCAGGAAGCUGUCUGUGAAUCUUUGACUUCAGCAUCGGCUGAAAGAGAAAUGGACCCUACUGAAAAUGGGAUUCAACUUGCAGAGGAUGCUUCUCUGGCAUCUCCGGACUUAGCUAAUGAAGAUUUAAAUCAGAAUAGUCCCAAAAAGAAGAGGCGGAAGUCAGAAUCUGCUGGAGAAGGUGAGGCUUGUAAGCGUUGCAACUGCAAGAAAUCUAAGUGUUUGAAACUAUACUGUGAAUGCUUCGCUGCUGGCGUGUACUGCAUAGAACCAUGUUCCUGUCAAGAUUGCUUCAAUAAGCCGAUACAUGAAGAUACAGUUCUCGCAACUCGCAAACAGAUAGAGUCUCGCAACCCUCUUGCCUUUGCUCCCAAAGUGAUUAGGAGCUCUGAUUCUAUAUCUGAAAUUGGGGAUGAAUCCAGUAAAACUCCAGCUUCAGCACGACAUAAAAGAGGAUGCAAUUGCAAGAAAUCAAAUUGCCUUAAGAAAUAUUGUGAAUGCUAUCAGGGUGGUGUCGGAUGCUCCAUCAGCUGCAGAUGUGAAGGAUGUAAGAAUGCGUUUGGAAGAAAAGAUGGAUCUGCUAUAGUGGAUACUGAAGAAGAACCAGAAGAAGAAACAGAGACACACGAAAAGAAUGGGUUGGACUUGGAUAAAACGUCACACAAACCUCAAAUCUUGAAUGAAGAAGAGCAGCAAAAUCCAGUUUCUGCCCUCCCAACUACUCCACUACAGCUUUGCAGACCAUUGGUUCCAUUACCAUUUUCAUCAAAGGGUAAACCACCAAGGUCAUUUAUGACAGUUGGAUCAUCAUCUGGGUUGCUUAAUGGCCAAAGAUACGCAAAAGCUAACACUCUACGCCCUCAAAACAAGUCUGAGAAACAAUUCCAAACUGUUCAAGAAGACGAAAUGCCCGAGAUUCUGCGAGCCAAUUUCUCCCCUGGUGCUGGCAUCAAGACGACUUCUCCUAACAGCAAGAGGAUCUCUCCCCCUCACUGUGAGUUGGGGUCGUCGUCCCCUAGUCGUAGGAGUGGCCGGAAGCUCAUAUUGCAAUCCAUACCAUCAUUCCCUUCCUUGACUCAGCAUUGAAAUGAAAACUUCUCUCAAGUUUUCAAAUAAAUUUUUUUUUUCUCUAAUCUAUGUUGCAUUGAGGGUUAUGUUCAUGUAAAUUUCAUUUCCAUAGUUGUAAAAUAAGAAUGAAAAUCAAGCUCCAUAAUGUUCAACCACUCUUGUAUGAUAUAUUAUUCUAUCUUUAUUUCCCAUUUUUGUAAAGUAAAUUAUUUAGAAAUAG